AUGCUGUCGUAUGAUUCCACAGUCUCGAUGAAUGCACAAGCUCCUUCUACCGUCAAUAUGAACACUGCAAAUUUGACUAUGGGAACGGAUCCGAAACCAAUGCCAGCAACCCUGGCUCCAAAUAUGGCCAGUGAUCCCAGUGGCCGAGUCGCGCCGAAACAUCACCACAUAUGGUUGGUUACAGGUCCUGCCGGCUGUGGGAAGAGCACGGUGGCGCAGCACUUGUCGAAAGAACUUCAACUGCCAUAUAUCGAAGGCGAUGAGUUCCACCCGCCGGCCAACAUCAAUAAGAUGGCCACUGGCAUCCCAUUGACGGACGCAGACCGGUGGGACUGGCUCACUCUGUUGCGCGACGAGUCCCUGCGUCAACUGGCCGCUGGUGCUAAUGGCGUCGUGGUUACAUGUUCAGCCCUGAAGCGGAAAUAUCGCGAUGUCAUCCGCGUAGCUCCAUACUACUCGCACGACGUUCUCCUCCACUUCAUCUACCUGCACGCUCCCGAGGCAGUCCUGCUGGAGCGGGUUGGGAUGCGACAAGGGCAUUAUAUGGGGGCCAACAUGGUGCACAGCCAGUUCAGCAUCCUUGAGCCGCCAACGGCUGAAGAGACGGACGUGAUCAGCGUUGAUGUGAGCGCAUCGAUGCCCGAGGUGCAGAGGGAGGCAUUGAACCAGGUUCUACAGAAGAUCGACGAGGCUGCAUGA